CGUGCGGGGGCGGCAGGGCGGGGCGCAGAGCCGCGGCGGGGCGGGGGCGGCGGGAGAUGCGGGCGGCUGCGGGCACCCGGCGGGCUGGGCUCGGCCGCCGCCGCCUUCUCCGGCUCCGCCGCGGGGGUCGCCGUGGCUGCCGCGCCGUCCCCGAGGUCCCGGCGUGAGGAGGAGGCGGCGGGCGGAGAGCAGCGUCCUGUUCGAGACGGAGACCCCGAGGGAGCCCCGCGCGCGUCCUCGCUCAUUGCUAUGGACAGUGCUAUCACCCUAUGGCAGUUCCUCCUUCAGCUCCUGCAGGAGCCUCAGAACAAGCACAUGAUCUGCUGGACCUCUGACAAUGGGGAGUUCAAGCUUUUGCAGGCGGAAGAGGUGGCUCGGCUCUGGGGGAUUCGCAAGAACAAACCUAAUAUGAACUACGACAAGCUCAGCCGAGCCCUCAGAUACUAUUAUGUAAAGAAUAUCAUAAAGAAAGUGAAUGGUCAGAAGUUCGUGUACAAGUUCGUGUCGUACCCGGAGAUUCUGAGCAUGGACCCGAUGAAGGUGGGCAGGAUUGAGGGAGACUGCGAGGCCUUGGGCGCCGGCGAGGUCGGCGGCGGUCCCAGAGACGUGGAGAGCGGAGGGAAGGAGAGGCCCCCGCAGGCCGGUGCCAAGGCCUCGAGCCGCAACGACUACAUACACUCCGGCUUGUAUUCUUCGUUUACCCUCAACUCUUUGAACGCCUCCAGGAGGAAGCUCCUCAAGUCUAUAAAGAUCGAGAAUCCAGCUGAGAGAUUGGCAGAGAAGAAAUCUCAGAAGCCAGCACCGUCCGUCAUUAAGUUCGUCACAACACCUUCCAAAAAGCCACCAGUUGAACCCGUGGCUGCCACCAUUUCAUCGGGCGCCAGUGUUUCCCCGUCUUCGGAAGAAACUCUCCAAGCGCUGGAGACGUUGGCCUCCCCCAAACUGCCUUCCCUGGAAGCCCCGGCCUCCGCCUGCAGUGCAGCCGCCGCCGCGUUUCCCGGCACACCCGUCCCGUCCCCUUCCUUCCCGGAGCCUCCGCGCACGCCCUCCCCGCCGCUCAGCUCCAACCCGGACAUCGACACAGACAUCGACUCUGUGGCCUCGCAGCCCCUGGGCCUGCCAGAGAACUUGGCGCUGGAGCCGAAGGACCGGGACUCGGCCUCGCCGGGAAAGGACAGAGCAAACACCUCGUCCAGAUCCAAGAAGCCCAAGGGGUUGGAGCUGGCUCCCAUCCUCCUGAUCACGGGCAGCGACCCCAGCCCCCUGGGCAUCCUGAGCCCCUCCCUCCCCACAGCUUCCCUUACGCCAGCACUGUUCUCACAGACGCCCAUCCUACUGACUCCCAGCCCCUUGCUCUCCAGCAUCCACUUCUGGAGCACCCUCAGCCCUGUCGCUCCCCUCAGCCCAGCCAGACUGCAAGGUGCUAACACACUCUUCCAGUUUCCUUCUGUUCUGAACAGUCAUGGGCCGUUCACUCUGUCUGGCCUGGAUGGACCUUCCACCCCUGGCCCCUUUUCCCCAGAUCUACAGAAGACAUAAUGGUGCACUUGCAGAAAGAGAGAACCAAAGAAUAAAGAAACAGAGGGGCACGCCGCACGACUGCCUUUGAAGUGAGUGGCGGACAGUUGCGCAGUGCUGGUAAUAGACUAUCGUGAUUUUUGCUAUUCCCGUCAAAAUGCCUUUUUAGGAUUCCCUUCCAAGAAGACUCAAGUUGGACUGUGUUUAACAAUGCCUUAAUUGGAGUCUGAACUCCACCUCCCUCUUUUUCUUUCUUUUAUUUUUCUAACAAAUACUUGAGCUUUGUGUUAAGGAAAUGUUUGGUGGGGUUUAGCAGCUAGCUAUGGUUUGCCAGAGCAGUUAAGAACGAAGUUAUUCCUUCUGCCUUAUUGGGACCCUUUGGUCAGGAAAAAAAAAAAAAAAUUACGCUUUGAGCAUAUUAUUUAAAGAAAUACGAGUUAAAUGAAAUUGGCCAUAUCUCUAAGACUAAGUGUGCUUUGUUGGGUAACGAGAAGUGAGCUGUGCAUAAGCAGGAGAGGAAAAAGACAUUUCUGUUCCCACGGAGGAAGACUGGGGCUGGUUCUGUAUUGCUGUGGAGUCUGACCUAUGAGAAGCAACUCUGCAAAAGCGCAUCCUACUUACGUUUGUUCAGGAGGGUCUCUCAGCCACACGUGUGUGAUCUUGUCUGGGCCUGUCUACAGAGCAUGGGGCUAGUCCGUUUCAGCGGAGGGAGACUUUUAAACCUGGAGUUUAAAACUGUUUGCAGCAGCCAGUGAGAACAGGGGGCCCCGUCUCCAGCACGGAAAAGUUGGCUGCUCGCGGGGUGCUCCCGUUCCACAUCCGUGGGCGACAGCGCGGUGGAGGGCCGCUUUUAGGAGAAGAAGCCCGGGUUUGAGACUUAGAGGCAUCUCUGAGUGAAAGAUCCACGUGAAUAACUUGAAACAGCAUCUGUGGCCUUUCCCAGUUCGCGGAUACAUCCCUGCAUGAAGGACGCUUUCUCGUUUCUGUGCCUUGCACCUCAUUUUCUACCGUAUGUUGCUCUUCUUUUAAAUGUGAGGUUGAGAGAGGCUGUGACAGCUUUGAAGAUGUAAUUGGAUGAAAAACCUCCAAAUCCGUAGUGAGGCUAAGGUGUGCUGAUGUCUUUGAAUAGUUCUUUUUAAAUUAGGGAGGAGCAGAAGUCCUUUGGGAAUUCUCCUGCAUAGGAAUUAGAUGGUUCCUAUUAGUAGGGGAAAAUUUGGGCCUUUGUCUCUACAGUACCAAGUUUAUAAAAUACUCCUUUGUGGUAAUCAAUGCCAGCUUUGUGGAUGCCCCAAACUGAAUUGAUACCAACGUCUCAGUGGAAUCUUUUGGCCUUAAAGUCCAAGAUUAGAUAGUAUAUGCGGCCAUCCCCCACCCCCACCGCUCUGUCCAUUAAACUAGUCUUUUACCCCUAGAAAUAGUUCCUAUAAUUCAAUCGCAUGAACUAAAUGGAAUGAGGGAAUAAAGAACUGAGGGCUCAAAAGGACCCUGAUACAAACCAGCACCUUCCAGGUGUACAAUCUGUUAAGUGUGUUUACACCCAGGGAGGAGGAGUGCUCGUGAAAGACGGCUGUGCUCGGCAGUGGCAGCGGAGGGACGGUAUUCAGGGAGCUGCCUUUGCAUUCGGAGCGUGGGAGACCCAUUCCUGCUUCCUCGGGGUCUCAGCCGGGGCCUGUUCCUGAGACGUGCAAUAGCCGUGUUGAGAGGUCGUGGUGUUCAGUAGUGAUGCGGACAGAGUUCCCGGACGUCCCCCCCACCUUGCAUCGUUUAGUCUGCAUGCCUGUUUGAAAGUGGACCUCUCCGCAGCACUUUGGAAUAGUUUUAUUAGGUUGAUUAACAUUUUGUACAUUAAAUAAGUAAAUUUUUAAAAAUAUAUAUUUUAUUGAUUUUUUUACAGAGAGGAAGGGAAAGGGAUAGAGAGUUAGAAACAUCGAAGAGAGAGAAACAUCGAUCAGCUGCAUCCUGCACCCUCCCCACUGGGGAUGUGCCCGCAACCAAGAUACAUGCCCUUGACCGGAAUCGAACCUGGGACCCUUGAGUCCGCAGUCUGACGCUCUAUCCACUGAGCCAAACCGGUUAGGGCAAUAAGUAAAUAUUGAUGGGUUGACUGAAUUAGAUAUUUAAAAUGGUGAAAGCACAAGAAAUAUCUUUUGGAAUUAAAGGAGAAAAGCCAUUGGUUUGUUUUCCCAGAUGCUCUCUUUAGUAAUUCACUGUUUCAGCACAGCGGUGCCUGGGAAGCGAGGACACCAUUGGAACUGAGUCAGAGCAACUUCCUAGGAACGAGUGUGGGUGAGCCCUCGGUCCAUAAACCUAUCCUGGAGGCCUCUGAGUGGUGUGGGCCUCUCGGAGGCUGAUGGUGACCUGCUUUCUCUGUGAGAUCACUUAAGCUUGUGUGUGUGUGUGUGUGUGUGUGUCCUUUUUUAAAUGAAAGUUUACAACCUUAGCUCAAGUGUCCGAGACUGUUCUAUUUGUAAACUACCUCCUCCCUGGAGAAGUCUCAGCUUCCUGUUUUUUUGAACAUCCAUGGAGUGACAUACCACUGCGGACCAGUACACUGGAGAGACUUCCAUUUGGUAGCUGUCGCUGGUAUCCAUCGCGAGUCGCUUUGCCAGGAUGAAUGUUGGUGGGCAAAGGCAGCCUAAGUUAAGCUCGGGGAGCAGGCUGCAUGAGUCUUGGAGCCCUCUGCUGCGAUUAUCCUAGCUCUCCGUCUGCUCUGGUCCAUAUCUACUCAGUUGUCUGCUGGAAACUGUUUAACUGCCAGGCUCUCUGAAGGGGAAAAGAAGCCCUUAUAUGUAGCAUUUGCUGAUUCCCAUGUGAGAGUUCUCCCCAUAGGGCUGAUUUUAGCUACCGCAUUGGAGCUGGGAAGGGACGUGCACAGCCGCACCCUCAGCCAGCAGCCCGCUGUCUUCCUUCCGCCCUGGGGUGGUGGAUUUUCACAUAGCUUCUAAAACAUUUUUUUUUUCAUAUGCUGAUUUUUAAAAAUACAAAAUUAAAACCACAUGUCUGACGUCAGUAAUCUUUUUUUUCAUGGUCUGUCUCAGUGCUUUUGUGAUGUUAGAUUCCUCAUGGCGUAUUUUGUGUGUUCAAACAAAGGUGGAAACUGCCAUUGAUUUUUUAAAAUAUAUAUAUAAUGAGAAUCCAAAAACCCUCAAAAGGUCAACCUUCAGCUUCUUAGAGUUAAAAUAUAGGUUUAAUUUUUCUUAUUUUUAUGGUUAAAAAAUAAGUUUAAUUCUUUUUCUUCAAAUUUUGAUGGGAAAAGUAAG